AUGCCGGAUGACCUUGUCCGUGAGCAGCACGUCUGGGACGACGUGGCGCCGUUGGAGGAUGCCAAAGGCAAGGGCAAGGUACCCGAUCUUACCCCAGCGCAGGCGGCCCAGUUGGACGACUGGAGCCUCAUAGAUGCAGAGCCCCCGUCGAGCCCGCCGCCACGACAGCCGCAGGAAGAGUCCUCGACAGAUGGACUGGACGAGAAGCCGCCUCUGCCACCGCGGCAGUCAGGAAGCCGCGUGCGCUGGACCCCUUCACGUCCGCCGGUCGACGGCAAAGCCGAGACGUACCAGAUCAAGAACAUCCGAUGGCACGAUGCCAGCUCGUCCAACAACCCACGCGUGUCCCCCAUACUGAUACAAAACGAGAACGGACCGUGCCCGCUGGUCGCAUUGGUCAACGCACUCACCUUGACGACGCCUGAUGACAUUGGCGAUACGGCGCUGGUGCAGGUCCUGAAAUCGCGAGAGCAGGUUAGCUUGAGCCUGCUGCUGGAUGCCGUCUUUGAUGAGCUCAUGUCUCCGCGGAGAACAUCGUCAGAGGAUUCGCUGCCAGACGUGUCGGAACUGUACUCUUUCCUGCAGAGCCUCCACACGGGCAUGAAUGUCAAUCCGCGAUUCAUCCCCACCCCAGAAAUGAACACGGCCGAGAUGGGUCUCUAUGCCACCUUUUCCAUCCCGCUGAUUCACGGGUGGCUGCCACCGCAUGACGACCCCGUCCGCUUUGCCAUGGAAAGGCAUGCUGCCUCUUACGAAGACGUGCAGAACCUACUAUUCCGCGAGGAAGAGUUGGAGGACAAGCUGGCCACGUCCGAGGAGGGCCUGACGGAAGCGGAGCAGGAUCUCUACCAGGACAUCAUCACCAUCAAGAUAUUCCUCAACGAAUCAGCGACUCAACUGACGCCCUGGGGUAUCGAAGUGAUCCAAAAGGCGAUCCGGCCGGGCACGUUUGCCAUUCUUUUCCGCAACGACCACUUUUCCACGCUGUAUUGCCACCCAGACACUCGGCAGCUUCUCACACUCGUGACGGAUGCGGGCUACAAGAGCCACGACGAGGUGGUCUGGGAAAGCCUGCGGGACGUCAAUGGCGAACUCAACCAGUUCCUCUCGGGCGACUUU